CUUACCAACAUCGUUCUCUCUGGCGAAGAGCUAGAAUUUGCCGUCUAUCGAGCUCGCUCCCCUAAACACGGCGACAUUGCUCUACGUAUCCCGAAAAGCUCAACAUAUGAAAACGUCAACGAUCCGAAUAUUGACUCCAAGUCAUUGCUAAAACAAGAGUUCAGUUUAUACUGCCAUUUGCAAACAAACAAUAUCCCCGUUCCCAGCCCAUGCGAGUUGCUAGAAGUCGCUGGUAAAUCAGUCAUGAUGAGUCAGUUCGUCGAGAGUGACGAUUCAAGCGUAGAGUUACGCAAUAUUGGAAGCAGAGUUGGCAACAAUCAAGUCAAUCAAGUCAGGAUAGUCUCUAGGUCUUUAGGAGAGAUAGCGUUACUACGUGGACUUUUUGCUAACUUUGUAGGCUUUAAGCUAAGGCGCUUCCAACUACGUAGGCUUUGUAGGGCAGAGAGGAGGUCUGCCUUUAUGCAGAGACGCCUUGUCUCCAGCAAAUCACCUAGCUCAGAGAAGGUCCUCUCACAAUUAGUGGCCGCCACAGGGAUGCUGAGGAUUGUUAGGCAGGCGUUGUCACCUUAUAGGGCAGCUCUUAUAAAAUCUGACCGGCUCCUAGCUGGCCCUAUUAUUGUCUUUGCCUACCCACUUACUAAGCUUGUACAAAACGUCUAUCUGCUUGUUACCUAUCUCUAUUAUUAUACUAAGUGUAGUGCUGCAAGUAGCUUAGUGCGUGUGUGUAUAAUGUUUGUAGCAAAAAUAGAGUAUUAUAGCAGCAUACCUAAGAACUUCUAUAUAGCUAAUUCUUGCCCUUAUUGUAAGCUUAUUAUCUAUGUUAUAAGGCAGCUUGCAGUAAGCUUUAAUAAUAUUAAAAAGUACGCCUAA